GGGCGGAGCCAGGAUUUGAGUAUGAGGGAGCGAAGAGGCCAAUACCAAGCAAUCGUAUAUAAAACAUAUAUAAAAGGAAUAAGGCCUGCAGGGCCUGGUGCGUGGGUUGUUCGGGCUGGGGCGUUCUCCUCCCGAAUUGAGUUGUUCGAUCGAUGCCCCUCUUGUCCCGAACGUUCGGACUGGGAGCACCCCGGACCGAACGGUCGGGAGUUAUCGACGUCCAAAAGAAAACCAUUUUAUAUCUGCAACCAACAAAACAUGUUUGAUGCACUACGAGCGCGAUACAAAUGGGAGGUAACCUGCACAACAACCCAUACAACAUUAGAAAACUUACACUAUGAGAUGUUUGAUCUACUUGUCAUGAUGACAAAAGAUAUAUUUCCUACUCCGUUGUCAAUUCCGCUUUGCAAGGCUAUCUGUAGCAAAUGAAAAACAAUUACGAGAAAGGUUUAGGUUGCUUGGUACCCGCUGGUUUUUAUGGAUGUUUAAGAGGUUAGUAUCACAACACAAACUCAUAAUUCUCAUGUAAUUACCAUGUGACACAUGUGGUAAGUAAUUCAAACAAUUCUAAAAAAAAGUUUGAACAAUGGACAUUGAAGAAUGAUCAAUGAGCGAAUUAAACGCAACUCGGAUGGUUAGAUUUCUUGUGAUGGAACCAACCCAUCAAAGUUCAUGUCUUAGACUUGGCACUGAUAGUUGUGUUUUCUGGAUUUAUUUCCGGCCUUCCGGCGAUGUGCGUUCAGUGGGAGGAGAGGUUCCUGUCGACUACGAAUGCGUUCGUGGUGACUUCGUCAAUCUUAAAAUGUUGUGUUGACUGAGUAUCUCGGAGAUGCUCAUAGGGAUAGACUGUGGGUGCGCACGUUAAUAGAAUUGCGGGUAUGUACGCGUAUGUAAGUAUCUGCAUUUGUACAGUGUUAAAAAAUGAUCAACAAUGGACAUCAACACGUACGGUUGUAAAAAAAGUGCAAAAAAAGUGCAGUUUAGCGAAAUGCUGGUUCAUGCAAAGAUUGCCUCCAAUUUCCAUGGGAUCAACCGACCAAAAGUAGUACUAGUCUACAAGACGAAGAAAAGAAGUUAAGAAAAGACUGCUCCUCAUGAUCCUGUUGACGGGAGCAACAAACAAACUAACCGGCACGGGAGAGAUCCGCGGCUCCGUGUCCCGAUUCUCCUGCGAGUCCUGUCCCGCGCCAAGCCGCUCAACCAGCGAACCGCCUGCUGACCCCACAUCCCGCUCGCCCCCGACGUGCGGGGAUCACCCCGCGUUCCCCAAACUCGUGUGCAUGGCGCGCCACGUACGCCCAUCGCGCAAACACAGCGCCUAAAACCCGCGCCCAAACUAAUGGUGGCACUACCAGCUUAGAUCGAUCCACCCAUCCAUCGGCCGAUCGGCAUGGCGGGGGUGGGAGGCCGGAGCUCGCGCGCCGCCGGCAAGCGCGGGGGCGGGGCGGCGUCGUCGUCCGCGGCCGCGUCGGCGUGCGUCUACUACGCCACCACGGGGGUGCUCGUGGCGCUCUGCGUCGCCGGGGCCUACUUGCUCACGUCGACCUCGUCCGCGUCCAUCGCCGGGCCGGACGACGGGGACAAGGCGGCCGCCGUCACGGCGUACCGCCACACCACGCGCUCGUCGUUCGCGUACGAGGUGACCAGGGAGAAGGCGCCGCCGUCGCCGCCGCGCGAGCCCGAGGCCGAGGACGGGACGCUGGGCAAGGAGGACGCUGGCUCCGAGGAGGAUGGCGGCGCCGAUCAGGAGCGCGGCAGCGCCGUCGCCGCGGCGGCCGUGGACGACCCGCAUGCCAAGCCCGAUCUGGACGAGCGUGUCUCCGGCGGCGAGGACUCCAAGAGCGACGCGGCGGCGGUGGACGAGGACCAGAGCAACGAGCGCGUCCGCGUCGCCGCCAGCGAGGCCACCGCCGAGGAGGAGGAGGACGCCACGGCGGCGACGGGCGCGGACAAGGAGCAAGAAACGCUGGACAACGAUCAGGAAGAAGAGCAGCAGUCGCAUCUGCAGAUGCCGCGCGCCACGGUGGAGGAGAGGAACCUGGACGGCGGCAUCGAGGAGGAGAGCAUCGCGCGGCAGCGGCAGAGCGACGAGGAGGAGCGUAUGAGCGCCGGCGACGAGCAGCCCGGCACGGGCAUCCUCCGCCGCGAGGCGCAGGAGGACGAGGCGGCGGAGCGGCAGUCGGAUGAGGAUAGACCCGAUCAGGAGCAGACAGAGGAGGACCGUAGCAGCGAUCAAACGCUGGUCGAGGAGGACGGGCGCACGUUGGUGGAGGUAGAGUCCGACCCCGGGCAAGAAGACGGCGGCGGGGACGACAAGGCAGCUGCCGAGUCCGAGCACAAGGAGGACACGGACGGCAGCGGCGCCGGCUCGGUGAACCACAACGUCGUCGAUACGCUGCAAGGCGAGGGCUCGGCCGUCGGCGCCGAAGGAGACCAGAGCGCGUGGGCAACACAGCGCGAUCAGUCGCACCGGGAGAAGGACCGGCGGCAGGAAGACGCGGGCGACGGCAACAGCACGGACGGCGAGGAGCAGCACGAGUGGCGGACGUGCAACGUCAAGGCCGGCGCCGACUACAUCCCGUGCCUGGACAACGAGAAGGCCGUCAAGAAGCUGCGGCCGGAGAACUUCCGGCGCUACGAGCACCGCGAGCGCCACUGCCCCGACGAGGGCCCGACGUGCCUCGUCGCGCUCCCAAGUGGCUACCGCCGCCCCGUCGAGUGGCCAAAGAGCCGCGACAGGAUUUGGCUGAGCAAUGUGCCGCACACGAAGCUGGUCCAGGUGAAGGGGCACCAGAACUGGGUGAAGGUGAGCGGGCAGUACCUGCUCUUCCCCGGCGGCGGCACGCAGUUCAUCCACGGCGCGCUGCACUACAUCGACUUCCUGCAGCAGUCGGUGCGCGGCGUCGCGUGGGGGAAGCGCACGCGGGUGGUGCUGGACGUGGGGUGCGGCGUGGCCAGCUUCGGGGGCUACCUGUUCGAGCGGGACGUGGUGACCAUGUCGUUCGCGCCCAAGGACGAGCACGAGGCGCAGGUGCAGAUGGCGCUGGAGCGCGGCAUCCCGGCCAUCUCCGCCGUCAUGGGCUCCAAGCGCCUGCCCUUCCCCAGCAAGGCCUUCGACCUCGUCCACUGCGCGCGCUGCCGUGUCCCCUGGCACGCCGACGGCGGCGCCCUCCUCCUCGAGCUCAACCGCGUCCUCCGCCCCGGCGGCCUCUUCGUCUGGUCCGCCACGCCCGUCUACCAGAAGCUCACCGACGACGUCGAGAUCUGGAAAGCAAUGACGGCUCUGACGAAAUCCAUGUGCUGGGAGCUGGUGACGAUCAAGAAAGACCGGCUCAACGGCGUCGGCGCCGCCUUUUACCGGAAGCCGACGUCCAACGAGUGCUACGAGAGCAGGGGGCGGCAGCAGCCUCCCAUGUGCAGCGACGACGACGACGCCAACGCCGCGUGGUACGUCCGCCUGAACGCCUGCAUCCACCGGGUGCCGACCGGCGCGGCGGAGCGCGGGGCCAGGUGGCCGGCGGACUGGCCGCGGCGGGUGCGCGCGCCGCCCAACUGGCUCAACACCUCGCAGGUCGGGGUGUACGGGAAGGCGGCGCCGGAGGACUUCGUGGCGGACUACCAGCACUGGAGGCGCGUCAUGGACAAGUCGUACCUCAACGGGCUGGGCGUCGACUGGUCCAGGGUGAGGAACGUCAUGGACAUGAGAGCCGCCUACGGAGGGUUCGCCGCGGCGCUGAGGGACCAGAAGGUCUGGGUGAUGAACGUCGUCAACGUCGACGCGCCGGACACGCUGCCCAUCAUCUUCGACCGCGGGCUGUUCGGCAUGUACCAUGACUGGUGCGAGUCCUUCAGCACCUACCCGAGGACCUACGACCUUCUGCACGCCGAUCACCUCUUCUCAAAGAUAAAGGACAGGUGCGCCGUGUUGCCGGUCGUCGUCGAGGUGGACAGGAUCGUGAGGCCGGGAGGGAGCAUCAUCGUGCGCGACGACUCCGGCCUCAUCGGCGAGGUGGAGAAGCUCUUGAGGUCGCUUCACUGGGACGUGAGGCUCACCUUCUCCAAGAACGACAACGGGGUGCUGUUCGCCGAGAAAUCGGAUUGGCGGCCGGAGCUGGUCGCCGAGCCAACCUAAAUCAAGCCAUCUCCAUUCUCAUGAUUACAAGCAAUUUUCACCCUCCAAAAGAUAGAUAGGGUUUUUUUUUGUUCUUUUUUUUCAUUCUUUCUUUGGUUAGCAUUGAUGUAGUAUGCGGAACUUACUAACUACCCUUCAAAUAAGACAUGGUUUUGUAAUGCAGUAUGUAUCUAAGACUCAUGCAUAGAACUGAGACGAGUGGAGCA